GUUGCGGUCGUAAACUCAAGAAUCCCUAAUAAUUGACAUUUUCAUUUUGGAAAAUAAACUUGGAGGUAGAAGUAGUGCGUCACAAUCAUUUAUGUUUAAUUCUGGUUGUAGGCACUGGUUCAAUAAAUAAUAUUGUGAUUCCAAGUAUGAUAUGACAAAUAAGUAACAAUCAAAUUUACCUAUAAGUUGUGAAGUUAAGUGAGUCAAAAUGGCUGGCAGCGGAGAAAGGAUUCUGCAGAAAAUUAUACCAAGCAUCCUUGGAUUCUUGUUACUGCUUUACUUAUCAGAAAAUAUUCCAACCGCUUCCGCCGACUGUAUUUGGUAUGGCGUCUGCUCUAAUCCGACUGAAUUUAAACAAAAGAACUGCAGAUAUGACGGGCCUGCCAAGAAGGUUGACGAAAGCUCCAGGUCAAUCCUUGAAAAGUACUGCCCGGAUAUCGCAGCGGGCAACAUCGCGUGCUGUGACUCGGCGCAGCUCAUGAACUUUGACAAGAGUAUAGGCGUCGCUGUCAACCUCCUCUCGCGAUGUCCCACCUGCUUGGACAACUUCCUCAAGCACCUCUGCAGUAUGACGUGUGCCCCUAAUCAGAGUACUUUCUUGCACGCGAAGAAAUAUGCGCCAUUUAAUGAAACGCAUGAACAAGUGGAAGAGAUAGACUACCACUUGGGAGCUACUUACAUGAACACAACGUACACUUCCUGUUCUAGUGUUCAAAUGCCAUCAUCAAACAAACUAGCGUUGGACUUGAUGUGUGGUGAUUAUACAUCUGAAUAUUGUACUCCCCAACACUGGUUCGAUACUAUGGGUGAUGCGGCCACGCCCUUCGUGCCAUUCCAAAUUAACUACAUCAGUGGGGAUGAACCAAUUGAUGGAUUUACACCAGUUAACCCACCGACUAAACCCUGCAGUAUGGGAUUAACGGAGGGUCAACCAGGUUGCUCCUGUCUGGAUUGUGCUGAAUCCUGCCCAGCGCCGCCCCCCACACCACCACCACCGAGGCCUUUCACGAUCGCCGGAGGAGAUGGAUACGCAGUGUGUAUGGCUAUCGUCUUCGUUAUAUUCACCUCAUUGUUCCUCGGAGGUGUCUAUUGCUGCAAUCCCCAGGAGAAUAUUGUUGACUCGUGGAGGGCCGGAGACCGCGACGGACCAGAGACAAGCCCGCUACACACGCAUAGAUCUAGUGUGGCAUCCGAAAAUAACCAAGAUAUGCCCACAAAUCCUGGAACUGUCGGCUGGUCUAUAGAUCAACCGGAUGGAGCUAAUGAUGCCACAUUCUUUGAGAGGCUCGGAGCUAAAACUGAGACCAAACUGGAAGACUUUUUCCAAUGGUGGGGAUGUGCUAUGGCCUCCAGGCCAUGGAUUGUUUUGUUGAUGGGUCUAUGUGUGGUAGUUUCUCUGGGUUACGCCAUAAGGUUCAUGCAAGUGACCACAGAUCCAGUAGAACUAUGGGCGGCGCCCAACUCCAGAUCGCGUCAAGAGAGAGAAUACUUUGACUCACACUUUGAGCCCUUCUAUAGGACAGAGAUGCUUAUCAUCACCGCUAAGGAUCUCCCGAAGCCGGAGUACACGGCUACCGAUGGCACAACCAUAACCUUUGGGUCUGUCUUCAAUUCGACGUUUUUGCUGGACGUGCUGGACUUGCAGAAUAGGAUAAUGGCCUUAGGAAACGAGACGCGCAUAGAGGACAUAUGCUUUGCCCCACUGUCCUCUCCGUUCAGUGGGCCCGUGACAGCUGACAAGUGUGGUAUCAUGUCAGUGCUCGGUUGGUGGGGGAACGAUGCCAGCAAUAUUGAGGAUAAUCUGGAGGAUAAUGAGUAUCUAUCGCAGGUCAUCACAUGUGCCAACAAUCCCUAUACAUGUCUCGCCCCGUGGGGUGGUCCGGUGUUGCCGGCGGUGGGUUUGGGAGGCUUUUUGGCCCCCCAGGAACAACUCACCAAGAAAUCUCGCUUCCAUGAAGCCACUGCCCUCAUUUUAACCAUUCUUGUUAAUAAUAAACACGAUAAGGAGAAGUUGAAACCAGCAAAACAAUGGGAGAAGGAGUUCAUAGCUUUCAUGAAGAACUACACGGAGAAUGAGAUGCCCGCGUACAUGGAUAUUGCGUAUACGUCCGAAAGGUCCAUCGAGGACGAACUCGACCGAGAAUCCAGCUCUGACGUAUCUACUAUUCUCGUCUCUUACUUCAUCAUGUUCGCGUAUAUCGCCAUCUCACUCGGACGUUUCACUACUUGCUCGAGGCUGCUCAUUGACAGUAAAGUCACUUUGGGAUUGGGAGGUGUUUUAAUAGUCCUAGCAUCGGUGGUGUGCUCCAUCGGUAUUUUCGGGUAUUCGGGCGUGGCAGCCACAUUGAUCAUCGUCGAGGUGAUACCCUUCCUGGUGCUCGCCGUAGGAGUGGACAACAUCUUCAUCCUGGUCCAAACCAAUCAAAGGGAGGCGAGGAGACCCAACGAGACCAUUGCUGAACACAUCGGCAGGACUUUGGGUCAAGUUGGUCCCUCGAUGUUCCUCACCUCAAUAUCGGAGUCCGUGUGCUUCUUCCUCGGAGCCCUAAGCGACAUGCCGGCAGUGCGGGCCUUUGCCCUGUACGCGGGGGCAGCGUUGCUGGUCGACUUCCUGCUGCAGGUCACUUGCUUCGUGGCCUUGUUGGCUAUUGACACCAGACGUCAAAAUGCUAACAGGUAUGACAUCUUCUGCUGCCUUUCGGGCAGUAAGACGGAAGUGAGCGAGAACACCGAAGGUGGCCUCUACAGCCUCUUCAGAGACGUGUAUGUUCCUUUCCUCAUGAAGAGGGAAGUGCGAGCCUCCGUUAUGGUUAUAUUCUUCGCCUGGCUUUGCUCGUCUGUUGCGGUCGCCCCCCACAUAGACAUAGGUUUGGAUCAAGAGCUCUCCAUGCCCCAAGACAGUUUCCAAUUAAAAUACUUCCAAUACCUAACGAAAUACCUAAACAUCGGUCCACCGGUGUAUUUCGUGGUCAUGGAAUCGGAGGCCUUGGAUUAUUCGGAUGUGAAAGCGCAGAAUAUGAUCUGUGGAACGAGGUGGUGUCGGCCGGAUAGUGUUGCCAACCAAUUGUAUUCUGCGUACCGUAUUUCCAAUGUGACGUACAUAGCUCAGCCGCCGAACUCUUGGCUGGACGACUUCUUCGAUUGGGCAGCUUCGCCUAGCAGUUGCUGCAAGUACUUCCCGGCUAACGAGAGCUUUUGCCCCAGUUCCUUUGGUAAUCCACCAUGCAACAAAUGCAAUAUGCCGCUAGUGGGGCCGGAACAGCGUCCGACGCCUAGAGAUUUUGAGCGUUACAUCCCCUUCUUCCUUCAGGACAACCCCGAAGCCACCGGUUGCGUCAAGGCAGGUCAUGCUGCGUAUGGACAGGCCCUCAAUUACCACAUGUACAACAAGACACAGGCCAGGGUUGGCGCCACUUACUUCCAAGGCUACCACACAGUACUGAAGACAAGUUCGGACUACUAUUCGGCGUUACGGGCGGCGCGAGCGAUCUCCGCCAACCUCACAGAGACACUGAAUAAAAACUUACAGGAAAUGGGCAAGAACAAGACGGUGAACGUGUUCCCGUACUCCGUGUUCUACGUGUUCUACGAGCAAUACCUGACGAUGUGGCCGGACACGCUCAAGUCCAUGGGCAUCUCUGUUCUCUCCAUCUUCAUCGUCACCUUCGUGCUCAUGGGCUUCGAUCUCUUCUCGGCUCUGGUGGUGGUGGUGACGAUCACCAUGAUUGUGGUGAACCUGGGAGGACUCAUGUACUGGUGGGGAAUCAGUCUUAAUGCUGUGUCGCUGGUCAACUUGGUGAUGGCGGUGGGCAUAGCCGUGGAGUUCUGCUCCCACCUGGUGCACAGCUUCAGUGUGUCUCCGGGCGACAGUCGGGUGGCGAGGGCCUCCGCGGCCCUUACCAGGAUGGGCAGCUCCGUCCUCUCGGGCAUCACGCUCACCAAGUUCGGAGGCAUCAUCGUGCUGGGAACGGCCAAGAGUCAGAUCUUCCAGGUAUUCUACUUCCGAAUGUACCUUGGAAUCGUGUUAUUCGGAGCUGCCCACGGCCUCAUCUUCCUGCCCGUUAUGCUCAGCUAUAUCGGUUCGCCCGUGAACAGGCAGAAGAUAGCCAAUCAGAUGCUGCGAGGCAAGGAGAUGGGCGUGGCCGAGACCUCGCUCACUCGAGUAAGCCCUUACAGGCAAUAUCACUUUGACGCGCUUCCCGCUUAACGAGACUGAACGAUUCCUUGGAUCCGCCAACGGCUUAGGGACAAUGGGGCAAAAUGGGCAAAAGACAUUUCAAACCCAAUUGUUAAAAAAUAUCAUUUUAAUAAUUGAAAUUCAUUUAUCUUGCUCCAAUAUAUAAAAUUGUUAUUUGCUAUAAAUGUGCCUAAAAAAUUAAUGAGUCACAAAGUGAAUUUUAUGGCUGAAUUUGAGUGUUGACAUUUUUGGAUGUAAUUAAGAAAGCCUUGCUACGAAACUAGAUAAUUUUAGAUUGGUCCUUUAUUUUUUAUAUUGAAUAUUUUUGAUGUUUAGAUUUUCUAGAAGUUUUUGGCGUUUUCCAAAUUUUGAAAAUUGAUAUGGAAAGCCCAGUUCUAUUUAUGGAUUUUUGUUGUUUAAUUUUAGAUCACUAUUUUGUAUUUAUUUUUAGCAAGUUGUAAAUAUUCAUGCAUUUUCAUAUUACCGCAAUUCACAAUUAAUAUAAUUUUAUUAAAAAUGCUUUUUAACAAACAAAGUUUGGCCCUCGCUUUCAAUUUUUUAACAGAAACACACAGGUUAUAUACCUAUAUAUGAGUAUUAAAUUAUUACACCCAUUUUGAAUUUAAACAAAGCAACAACAGACCAAUAUUGUCCGCCAAUUCUUAAUAUUUAACUAAAAGAACUGGGCUGUAAACUGCUUAUUGAAGUGAAACUUCUAGUGCAACUUCCAACAAGGUUGCGUUAAACGUUUAACGCCCCUACGAGGGGGAUAGAAAGAGACAAAGCUAGAGUUAAUGCUUCCUAAUUCCAUUGUCGAAGUUUCACUUCUUUAACGUGAAGUUUAUUUCACGCACUAUUUAUUUUUGUAAUCCGCAUCGUUCAAUCUCGUUACUAACUCGGAGGUCGGAAAAUUUAUAGAAAUAUGCAAAAAAACCAUUUACUUCGUAUAUUUCCAGUCGACUUUACCGACCUCUGGACUAACUUUGUGGGUUUAACCACUGCAAUGUAUCGGUUAAUCGAUGGGUUUUCUUCUCCCAAAGCAUUUAUGUGAACUCAAUUCAAAGUUAAUUGAGACUUAACCGCUGGUUGGUUUAUGGUUAUGCAUGUUUAGAUGGACAGACGUCAUUCCUAGUUAUUCGAAUUUAAUUUUAUUUGUUUACGUCACCGGCUCGCCAUUGCACUGUACUUAAGCGUACUCGAUGUACUUAGAGCGAAGUGUGAAGAAAGCUUGCAACAUUGAGCACAAGGCUUCAAAGCGAAACGGUCGCCGAUUAUUUUUGUAUAAUUAAUUAAUAUAAUCUAUAUUUUUAUUCGUUUGCUUCAUGUGAAAAUGAGAUAUGUGUAAGUCGUUGUGUAUCGAUGUUUUGUUAAUCUGCGGAGAGAUUGACUCUGACAUUCCUAGCUUUAGUGAGGGUAGUUCGUGAUACCAAAUACUAGAGUCAAUAUCUUUUAUGAUUCAGUAGUUCAUCCAGUGAUGUAGGAUUAAGCGAAGGCCCUGGAUACGUUGAAUGCGAUAUAUCGAAUAUUAUUUAUUUCUCACUUUUGGAGGGUAGUCCAGGCCUUUUGUGUAAAUGCUGACGUCACUGGUUGUAGUUACGCCGUUAGGUUGCACAUUGUAUUUUCCAACUAACAUGGGUAAAUUGGCAACUAACCCAUGGUGCUGGGUCAAUAUCAAUUGACAAUACAGAUGACAUAUUCUUGCAGGUACGUCUAUGACCUGGGAGAAAGAACAAAUUAUUUUUAUUUUAUUUUGGGGAGUAUUUUCUUUUGUAAUUUUAGGUAUUAUUCUUGUGAUGUAUUCUAUGAGAUUACCUACGUUCCUAUGAUUUCGAAUAGUUCUGCGAGAUUUCUUGUUUCUGAAUUGCAUAGUUUAAUACACGUCUACGUAAAAUUCUUAGUAUAACGUAUACGUGCAAAGCGUAUGAAUAGUGAAAUUAUUUAUUAGAAUUCAGAAACAUUAACUUCAAUUCUUCAGAAUCUCUACUUAAAAUAGUACUUAAUUAGGAGGAACACAUCCAAAGGUUUUGGUUAAAUGUAACUGAUAAUUGUAAAGUGUGAAAUAAAUUUCGUUUAUUAUUA